AUGACCGACCACAACAAGCAAGACAAAGUGGACACGGGUUCGCAGCAUGGCUUACCGUUUUCCACGCCUGCACGCCCUCGAACUACCGUCGAGCACGAGUCAAGCGGCAGUCCUCAACGUCCUUCUUAUUCGCCAGUAACUCCCACUUUGUCUCAUACCAGCUUGGCCUCCUACGAUGGAGUAGGAGGAGACCUCCCCCCUGCACAAUGGAUGGACGAGCCACCGGAACCCCUUCCAGUCAGCCUAGAUGACAACCCAGACGCAAUGGCCUUACGAGCCACCUUGUCCAUUCUCCAAAUUCAGCGGCAACAGGCCCUACGUGAUAUGCAGGACUUGGACAAGAUGAAAAAGGCCGCGUUGGAGGACCCCGAGCAGUUUAUCAAAGACCUCCAAACAGGAAAACUCAGUCGCUCGCCACGGUCUGGCGUAGAUGUUGAUGGGCUGGAGCCUGUCACAGCUGAGGACAAAGAAACAGAUACGUCCAAGUUUGGCCACUUCCCGCACGCACAAAACAUCGUUCGCACUCCACCGGUUGAGUGGGCUAAAUAUCACAUUGUUGGCGAACCCUUGGAUCGAAUUCACAAGACGCAGCAGCAGUAUCCAGGAGCUACCGAUGAAGCGCUCGAGAGUCGAGAUCGGCCUCAGCCUCACACGAUUGCUGCUCCAUAUCGUCCAUUUGUGGACAAGCUGGACCAGGCACGAACUCCGUCGAAUCCACGUCAUUCGGAAUCUUGA